AUGAGGAAGACCACAUCAGAAAUCCCUUAUAAGCCAUCUGCUGCAUCAUCUGCAGUACUAUUGGCACUGGUAGAUCCCAAGCUCAGCGGGUACCCAUUGGCAGGUGCCCUACACUUGUUCAACAUAGCAAUGAUGUGCGUCAAGAACGAUAGCUGCGCAAGACCUACGACGAGGGCAGUUGUUAACAUGCUCACCAAUCCUCCACCGUCUUCUCCGACCAGAGCCAACCUCUAG